AUGGGAAAUGUAGGUGGAUCCAUUCACGAGAUGAGGACGGGAGGAACUGCUGCAACUACGAUUGCACCGGCUUCCCCACGGAAUGAUUCACAGCAAACUAAAGCUGUAAAGGAUCAGACUGCUUCCAAUUCUGAUCCUGGAUCUCGUCUCCUUCCUCCACCACCGUCGCCAUUAACACUUCGACAACGAUUUCCUUCAAUUCUUCGGAAAACGGACUCGCUUCCUUCCCCUACUCAUACAGCCUUAUCAGCACCUCCACCGUCUAGUCUCAGUCAGCGGUCAACUCAGUCAACUGUAGGUCCGCGUCCACCACUACCAUCGAGGCCAUUGCCACCACAUCGUUUGAUCCACUCGUCUGUUCGUGCGGUGCCACCACAUCGUCUCAUAAAAUCCCUUCCACUUCCUGCCGUUCCACCUCCAAGGCCACCUAAACCAUUUGUGAACACAGACGGCUCUAAUACUGACGUUUCCGAAGAUGUUACUAAUUUUGAACAACAACCCAACUCAUCUCAACUUCAACGUAAUGAGAAAGAUUCAGUGGUAGAGAACUCUGAUACGCUGAUGUCCGAAGAUACGGAAGCCCUACGUAUUUUAGCCGCGGUUUCGGAGGCAGCCGCAGCGGCAGUACCUAAUUCCCUAGGUCAAUCCCAGUCGAAAAGAAACUUGACCAACAAUGGAGAUGAUGACGAGGAGUUCGAGGAGGAAUUGUAG